AUGAAAAAUCAGGAAAUAAGGAAGUUGUUAGGUGCAGGUGCUGCGCUUCUUUCUUUUUUCACAGGGUGCAGAGGAAGCAGUGAUAAUUUCGAUGGUAAGGGUGUGCGAGAAUGGGCGUCUAUUGAUAGAAAAAGAAAAAUAGACGAAGUGCACGAAACAGACAGCAUGGAUAUAAUAGACAGGUUAAGCAAAAUAGACGUUUUAUCAGCUGUCUACGAUUAUCUUGGAUCUCAGCUAAAUAAGAGACCUCGGGAAGAGGAAGAGACUCCAGUAGAGCAAAUAGAAAACGUGUUGCAUCUGCAGCAGAAAAUUGAAGAUACAACAGAGUAUAAAGACAUAUCUGUGCAGAGCCCAGUUCUGCAGUAUUUUGUGGGCGGGAAGGAGGCAAUGGAGAGAAAAGAGAAGCGCUUAAUCAACCUGUGGAACAAUAGCAGACUGGGAAAUAUGAGAAGAAGGGGGUACAAGAUAGACCACAAAACAGUAUACAGAAAUGUCUACCCUGACAGCAGAAUAAUCAGGGAGGUGGAAGAAGAGUCGUACCAAAUAGAGCUUAAGAACGACCUCAUGGACUUCUUGAACAAUGUUAAGCCUUAUGUAAAGAAGAAUGCUUUUUCGUGCUUUAUUGCAAGCAGAUGCAAAUCUACAAAUAGAAGAUACAAAGACCUUUUUGGGCUGAAGACUCUCAUUGAGAAUGCCGAAGAUGAGAUAACCAGCGAAAUGCUAGAGAGUCUUGACGGAUACUAUCCCGGCGUAAUUGAUGAUAUGAUAGCGUAUAUAAAAAAGAACGAGCCAAUCAAAGUUAGUAAAAAUACUACUUUAACCGCAUGGAACCAAACAGUGGGGGAUAUCUACAUGCAAAAGCAUCUUGAUCUGAACUACUGCCUGAGCAAGGAGCAGGAAGACCUCAUGCAGUUAGAGCAGAAGUACCAUGCACUGGCCUAUGCAGUGCGCAUGAUCAUGAUACUGCCUGAAGUCUACCAAGACUUCUACAGCAUUACCGAGGAUUUUAUAGAAAGACAUAACACCUCCAAUGACUCAGAUGUAAACCAAGAGAACAGACAAGUUUUGCUGGGCAUGCACAAACUGGUGGGUGCGCACAGAGCAAAAAAACAAAGCAAGAAAAUGUACAUUGACUUUUACAACACUCUUAAAAGUACGUAUAUGGGGAGAGGAAUAGAAGAAUCCACAUCUGCUGAACUGUAUAGAGAGAUAUACACUCUUCUUGCCAAGUUCUAUGAAAAUGCGGAAGUGGUUGACAAAAAGGCUAACUAUGUUCUAGCAGGAAAGUGUGUAAUAAAGAACCAGAAGUGCAUGAAGUGUGAGAUGACAGUAACCAUGGCACCUGAAGACCUGGAUAAAAGAGUGGCAAUCUCUAGGUAUUCACUUGAGAAGCACAGCUGGAGUGUUGCACCAAACGUGAAUGCACACUACCACGUGUACUAUGUGGACAACGCAUUGGGCCAAAUUAAGAUGCUCUGCAUGCCCAUAUAUAAGGAGGAUGGCAGCGAAGAAGAGCACUAUCUACACACAGUCAGCGAGAUAGUAGAGUACAUAAAGACACUGUAUGGAAUAGAGAAGUAUGCAGAUGUUAUUCACCCCUUCAAAGUGAACAAAAAAAGCAGAAAGUGGUCAUACAUCAAAGAAAAAGAAGAGAGAAACAAAACAGUGAAAGAGCUGGAAGGGUACGAGGUGGUAUUCUACCACAUUGAGGAAGACGUAAGCAUAUCUAGGCUUACAUUUGCACAGUUUGUACCUUGGCACCCCUAUAAUGAAGAUGCCAUUUGCGUUCCACUCUUCCUCAACCCUCUUAUGCGAAUAGGCAUAGACAUUGGGCCUUUUAUUAUGGUAGGAGAGCACAAAGAGAUAGAUCUGCUGGAGUUUAAGGACAUAGCACCCAGCAUAUACAAGUACAGCAGCAUGUAUGCAGCCAUGAGCUUCUCUGAUAUGCACAGCUACUAUAGAAAUUUAAGCAUACCUUUAUACGAAUGGGAAAGAAGAGGCACAGAGUGCUACUCCAUGAACUGCAGCUCCGCCAGAGAAUCAGAUGGGACUAUUAAGGCUGUGUGGUAUACAAGGACGCCAAGCAGCAUGGAUGAGUACACACACUGUGUCUUGGACAAGGCUUUCUACAAAAAAGAAAACACAGAGAAGUUUAGCACGUUUAUCAACACAGUAGAUUCAAAAGAGUAUGGAAAGCACAGCGAGCUGCAAGCAUUUUGGCUAGGCAGUAUCAGCACAGAGGAUGGCAGUGAGGUAGAGAGCCAGGCAAAGAUAAUACAUACAUGGGUAGCAGACUGGAAGAUGGAAGAGAGCAUAUCUAAAGAGCAGCUAGAGUGCAUCAAUCUAAACAUCAAGAAAGAGGAAAAAAGAAUUGAGGAGGCAGAAGUCUUUCAGGAGAACUUGGGGCCAAUAAGCAAAUCUACCGAUACGCCCGAAGCAGGCCGAAGAAAGAGAGCAGCAAUUACAAUAAAGUCCUAUUACAGCAAAAACCUGAAAAAUCUGCAGAAAAAGCUGUCUGAGAAGCCGUGCAAAAAGCUGAAGGUCUCGGAUACAGGGGCAGAUUUUUUAGUCUUCCGAAAUAUCAACCAGAAAAAGUCUCAGCUGCAUGCACACAACGAGCUGCUUGACAUUUUAAUUCGAGUUGUGCGAAUAUAA